UUACGGUCACCAUGCACAUAUCAUCGCGUACAGUCGAGUCGUGGACAGUCGAGUCGUGAUCAGUGUGUGGGAAUUCCGGGAAACAACAAAACAAACUUUCUGAAAGCCAAUUUUGAGAACGGAAUGGCCGACGAACGUUGAUAUUACCGAGACAACUUGAGCAACGACGUCAUUUAUCUUUAAUACUUCUGGUAUUUUGAGCACACCCGAAGGUUCCCAAGCUGGUACAAGAAACUAACACUGCUUUACGUUUUAACCUAAAGUUUGGCCCCUAAGGGGCCAUGCAGCAAGCUAUGUCUUCCCAACUUCCCAAUGGAGACCUAAAGACAGCUACGGAAGUCAAGCUCAAUGUCUAUGAUAUGUAUUGGACCAAUGAGUACACAUCAACAUUGGGCUUAGGAGUGUUCCAUGCUGGUGUCGAGGUCUAUGGGAAAGAAUAUGCCUUCGGGGGUCAUCCCUUCCCUUUUACUGGAAUUUUUGAGAUUGAGCCGAGGGACUGUGAUGAUCUAGGAGAACAGUUUCAAUUCAAGGAAUGUAUAUCUCUGGGAACCACAGAUCUACCCGAGGAAGCCGUCAUCAAAGUGGUAGAUUGCCUCGGCAAGAAAUAUCCUGGAGAUGAGUACCAUCUUAUACGCAAAAACUGCAACCACUUUGCUCAGGAGUUAGUACAGAUCCUGUGCCGGCGAGACAUCCCCAGCUGGAUCAACCGACUAGCGACCGUUGGUGCCCGCCUUCCCUUCAUGGAGAAGAUGCUACCCAAGGAAUGGCUGACUCCCUUGGCCCUAGAGACAUCCAUUAAAGAACCGGAACCGAACCGGGACACAGGUGCUGCUAGUGGUGGCAGUUGAUACUUGCCUCAUGUCCAUAUUGUAUAGAGCCGUUGCGUACGGCAGCCAUCUUGGAGGUGUUGUCCUUUUACUUGAACCCUCCUGCUUUUUAAUAAACAGUCACAGACAUUCAAAAUUCACUUCCACUUCCCCUGCUAUAUUUUUAACGAAGGCUAGUCAAGCAAGCACUGCGACUAGUCAAACUGGGUCAACAGACAAAGCUGGCAAGUGUCUGUCUUACUAUUUUUGAAAUAAUUACAAAGCCAUGAAGUCCUUAUCCUUGGCCUAAACCCC